UAUUGAUUGUCAAGUUCAACAGAUAUAAUCCCUUACAAAAUGGAACACGAUUGCAAAAUUGAGCCUAGUUGCAGUGUUACAAAACUGAUUAGUACUACCAAUGCCAUCAAAAAACUGAAGACUCGAUUAAGAAAUAUCGUGCUUGUUUCUCCAGAUAAUCCAGGAGCUUCUAAAUAUUUCCGAAGUGAAAGGGCAUUACGAGACGAAAAACAGAGGCAGCUAAAUAUAAAGUGCCCGUGGGUAAUUCAUCCUUUAAGCAAAUUCAGGGCUUGGUAUGAAAUGUUCUUGAUCGUGUUGUAUUUUUCUACUUUGCUGUUCAAACCAGUGGAUGCUAGUUUCGCAAAUAGUGUAACUUUAUUUAACGGCUAUCGAGAAAUGUCCAUUACUUUGGACAUGCUGUGCUGGAUAGAUAUAUUCUUCAACUUUUGGACCGGAUAUGACACCAGUUCGAUACAUGGGAUUGAACUUCGCCCCAACCGAAUAGCAAAGCAUUAUAUGUGGAGCCCCUUCUUCAUUUGUGAUGUUUUGUCUUCAAUUCCAAGAAAUCUUGCCUAUUACAUCGUGGAGUUUCCAAACAGACCAAUUUUAGGAGUUAUAAAUGUCUUAUCUCUUCUGAAAUUCUCAAGAAUAUUCACAUUAAUUAAUUUAAUUCACCGAACUUCUCAGUAUUUGCAAAUCAGAAGUAGAGGAGCUGUCUUUAUUAUAUCUGCAAGUUUGGUGACAUUUUUGGUGAUUCAUUGGCUGUCUUGUUUCCAAUUUUUAAUACCACGACUCACUGGCAUAUAUUUCGCGAGUACUAUUGGAGUUAAUCGAGAAAGUUGGAUAUAUAAGCAUGGAAUUAAUGAAAAAAAAUGGUCAGCUAGAUACUCGCAUUGUUUUUUUAAAGGCUCCGCUGAAAUACUGG